UUUUGUAGUUUUCAAUUUCAAAACUUGAUUUUUAUUGUCUCUGCUCCAGCUUAUUUUUGUUUUUUUUUUUUCAGAUAUAUUUACCGGGCUCCGAAGCUGAAGAAAAUUUUACCAGAAGUCUUUACGGCCUACCUACCUAACUUGAAAGUAAUGAGGAUAGUUUAUACUGGACUGCAGCACGUGCCCAAUUUGAACGGCCUAAACACAAGUUCCGUAUUGCAUAUGGUAGACUUAGACCAUAACAAAAUAAAGAAAAUAUCAACAGGAGAAAUAAGCAACAUCGCUUUAAAUCAACUGAUUCUGACAAACAACCAAAUUGAAAUUGUUGAAGAAGAAGCUUUCGCGGAUUCUCAAAUAGCCUCCAUAGUUUUCAGAGGCAACGCAAAACUAAAAGUAUUACACAGGACGGCUUUUAGAAAUUUGCAGAAUUUGAGACUUAUAGAUUUAUCUGAUACUUCAAUAACAACGCUUCCAACUGAGGGCUUGCAUGAAGUCGAUACACUCAGAAUCGAGAACACUUAUUCGUUGAAGAAAUUUCCAUCGGUGUAUAAUUUCAAAGUAAGUAUUGAUUUGUGGUUGAGAACAGAAAGAGCCAUUUUAAAACUUCCUCGACCUCUAAGGACCUUAGUGUUUUAA